AUGUCCACAUCAACAAUGUCACCCAACGAAACCGCACCCACUAGGGAAUAUGGUUUCAACCCCAAACAAGGAAUUUUCGCCUAUCACUCCCAAAAGCCCCACUCCACCUGGUCCCUCGCCCAAGACAUCGGUGCCGGCUGCGGAAUCGUCUCAUCGAGUCUUGCGCCCCGCUUUAACAAAGUAAUCGUCUCAGAUCCCAAUGAGGGAUACACUGCACUCGCUCGCAGAGUUCUCGUCGGGGAAUCUGGACUGCCCGAAUCCAAGUUCCGGUUCCUGCAGGAAAGUGCCGAAAGGAGCUCUGUGGAAUCUGGCUCAGUCGAUCUGAUCAUGGCGUGUGAAUGUAUUCACUGGACGAGGCCGGAAAUUGCGAUUGCUGAGUUUGCACGGGAGUUAUGUGCCGGUGGAACGCUUGUCAUUACGCACUAUAAUUAUCCGCGCAUUGUUGGGAAUGAGAGGGCUCAGAAGGCAUGGGAAGCUGUUUGUACGUUUUAUGCGGGCGAGGUUCAUGACCCGAUGCUUGAUCAUGCGUUGAGGAUCUUGAACUCUGGGACGGAGGCUCUGGGAUUCCCUGUGGAGGAUUGGGAAGGGGUGAAGCGGUUGUAUAUUAAUGCUCGGGGGAGUAUUGAGGCCUUUAGGAUUAAUGAUCGAAUUGGUGAGAGUCAGGUUAGGGAUGGGGAGGAGACUGUUUGGGAGGAGGAUGAUGCCGACUGGAUGGAUGAGCAGGACUGUGACUGGUUUAAAGGCUAUGCAUCUACCUGGACGACACCGAGUGUAUCCGAGUCAGACAUUAAUCCGCUUUGGGAUGACAUGGAGAGGGCUUUUGAGGGGAAGAAAGUGAAGACUGCUACGCCAGUAGCUAUGGUCUUUGCUACGAAGAGACAUAGCUGA